GCGUUAUAUUAUAGAUGCUUUGUAUUGAUUGCAUCUAUAUCUUGUGCGGUGGAAAAGGGGGUCUUGACUCUACCGUGUCAGAGUGGUGCAUGAAGCUGCAAAAAUGGCUAGUAACACAAACACCAACAACAGCAACAAGAAGGAGAAAGACCUUGAGUUUUUCUUUGAGGAAGAUAUCAACGAAUUGGGUGCACAACAAAUGGAUGCUGAAACUGCCAAGUUAGAGAGUGAGAGUAGCAGCAGCGAUGACGAGGGAAAUGAUACAACACGCCGUCACUCUUUCACUUCUCAGCAAUGGCCUCAAAGUUACAAAGAGACAACAGAUUCUUACACACUUGCCGCAACUCCAAAUUUUGAAUCAAUUCUACGAGUUCCAAGUAUUAUAUAUUCCAGUUUUGAAAGUCGUUCAAAGAAUAACUUGGACAUAGAUGGAAAGACUCCUUUUCUCUCUGGUCACGAAGGCAUUACUCAAUCAACAUCGUGGAAGGAAGGUUUAGUGCAAAAACAUUUAUCUGGUGAAUUACCCAUUGGUCGUGAGUGCAGCUUUCUUCAAACAGUUUUCAAUGCGACUAAUGUGAUGGCUGGAGUCGGUAUUCUGUCUACACCUUAUACAUUGAAAGAAGCUGGGUGGAUGAGCAUGGUGUUGAUGGUUCUUUUUGCAGUCAUUUGUUGUUAUACAGCCACCCUUAUGAGAUAUUGCUUUGAAAGCAGAGAAGGAAUCACUAGCUAUCCAGAUAUAGGAGAAGCUGCAUUUGGAAAAUAUGGUCGUAUUAUUGUCUCAAUCAUAUUGUACACUGAAUUAUAUUCAUGUUGUGUGGAAUUCAUCACCUUGGAAGGAGACAACCUCACUGGGCUAUUCCCAGGAACAUCCUUAGAUUUGGGUAGUUUUCGGUUAGACUCUGUGCACUUGUUUGGAAUUUUGGCGGCACUUAUCAUUAUCCCCACUGUUUGGUUGAAGGAUCUUCGUAUAAUCUCUAUUUUGUCAGCUGGAGGAGUUUUUGCAACACUGUUGAUUGUUGUAUGUGUGUUUUGUGUUGGGACAAUAAAUGGUGUUGGAUUCCAUCACACUGGUCAAUUGGUCAAUUGGAGUGGCAUUCCAUUAGCUAUUGGUAUCCAUGGGUUUUGCUUUGCAGGACAUUCAGUUUUUCCAAAUAUUUAUCAAUCUAUGGCAGACAAAAGACAAUUUACUAAAGCACUAAUAAUAUGUUUUGUAUUGUCUAUCACAAUAUAUGGAGGUGUUGCAAUCAUGGGAUUUCUCAUGUUUGGUGGUGAGACUUUGUCUCAAAUAACAUUAAAUAUGCCACGAGAUGCAUUUGCUUCCAAGGUUGCAUUGUGGACCACGGUAAUUAACCCAUUCACUAAAUAUGCUUUGUUGAUGAACCCAUUGGCGAGAAGUCUCGAAGAGUUGCUACCAGAUAGAAUCUCAAGUACUUAUCGAUGUUUCAUUCUUCUUAGAACAGCACUUGUUGUAUCUACCGUUUGUGCUGCUUUUCUUAUUCCUUUUUUUGGGUUUGUGAUGGCUUUAAUUGGUUCUCUCUUCAGUGUACUUGUGGUAAGCAAACACCUAAUCAGUGAUAAUGCCAAGUUUAUGUUUUAUGAAAAUUGUGGGAAAAAAAGCAACUGCUACACAGGUUGCGUUGAGCGUUGUAAUUACUACAUUUGGAGUCAUUUGUGGGAUUCUAGGAACAUAUUCAUCUGUGCAGAAUAUUGUCAACAGUUACUGAGACCUCUAGCCUUUCGCAUUGGAUGGUUACGAUUGAGUACUGUUAACUCGUUACAAAUGUUUACUCAUGGCAAGUGCAGCUAUUUCAAUUAUGUGAAAAUUACACCUUUAUUUAUGACCAAGCACACUUUAUUUUAAGAUUCAAAAUUUUUCUAUUGAAAUAUGUAAGUUUUGAGUAAUGUGUUAGAAAAUGCUCACGGCACCUGUAGUCGGCCAUUUGUUGCUUUGAUUUUUGAUCAAGUAAUGUAAAAAUCCAAUGAUAUUUUAUUGUAAUUAUUAUUUAUUUUAUAUUCAUGUUUUGUGAAAA